AUGAAGUUCCUCGCCCUCCUCUCCCUUGUGGCUGCUGCCACUGCCGCCCCAGCUGCCCUCGAGGCCAGAGGUGCCACUACUUGCGGCAGCACCUCCUACUCUGCCAGCCAGGUCACCGCUGCCAGCAACGCUGCCUGCAACUACGUCCAGAGCGGCACCACUGCCGGCGGCUCUACCUACCCUCACCAGUACCGUAACUACGAGGGCUUCUAUUUCCAGGGCCUCAGCGGACCAUUCUACGAGUUCCCUCUCCGCACUUCUGGCGUCUACAACGGUGGAUCUCCCGGCGCUGACCGUGUCAUCAUCACCGGAAACUGCGACGAGGCCGGUCAGAUCACUCACACCGGUGCUAGCGGCAGCGGCUUUGUUGCUUGCUCUGGUACCAGCUAA